GAAAUCAUCUGGAUGUAACCCGCUGAACAUCAAUGCAUAAGUUAUUUGCAAUUAAAGUAGUAAUUCUGUAUAAAAUGAUAUAUUACGUUUACAUAUCAAUUAUUAUUGCAGGUUAUGUUAUUAAGCCCAUAUCAGAGUAUAUUAUACACAUGGGAUGAUCCCUCAAAGGAACGUUCCAUAUUGUGGAAUGUUUAUAAUAAAAAAUCAAAAGGAUAUUUGGCUGAGUUUUGGAAGGAUGGAUAUGGACAGGAAAGAGUAAGUUUUCACACAGUGAAACAGACUAAUGUGGCAUCUGCAACUCCUACUGUAACUGCUAAGCUCUCAGCAAGUUUUAAAAGGCUUUCCCCAAAGUCUCCGGUUUUGGAGAGCAGUAACAGUGGUAGUAGUGGCAGUGGAAAUGGUAGUGGUGGUGGAAGCAGUAGUAGUGAUGAUACUGAAUCUGAUGAACAACGACCGCAUACUUUGAAGAAAACAAGAAAAGACAAAGUGACUGUGUAUUGGGUUAGUUAUUUGGAAGGAUGGCAGCGUGUGUUGUUGUUUACUCAGGAUGAACGAGUAGCUUAUGAAGCACGUAGUAAAAUAGAUGCUGAAAGAAGCAAUAUGGAAUUAUUUGUAUCUCUGAGUGGAAUUGAUAUUUCUUUGGGAAUUGAAACUAGCAUGGGUCCUAAGGAACUUGUGCAAGCCAGCAUCUCUGAUUCUCCUGCAAUGUGGGAAGUGCUUGUAGGACAUAGAUGGAAAUUACUUACCUUAGAAUUAGCAUCAUGGAUUGAAGAAAAAUGGAUCCAGGAACAGAAAAGAGCUCAAAUGAAGGAUUAUGUUUAUGUGGAUUUUGAGAAAAUGCUCAUUACCAAACCAUUUUAUGGCGAACUUAGAAGGUGUUACUAUCCUGGAAUUUGGUUGCAGUAUCGCCAUUCUGACCAUAGGACGUACACUCAUUUCAAAAUUCAUAGAAUUCAGGUUGACAAUCAGGCUCACGAUGCUGUGUUUCCUACAGUAUUAUAUCCCAUUCCAGUUCCUCCACAUAUAAUUCGUCGUUCAGGAGUAAAACCCUGUAUUGAGGUGGCAAUUAUGAAAAGACAUCAUCCUUCAUACAAUCAAGAUGUUUACAAGUUU